AUGCUGGUCGGCCAUGGAUUAAGGUCUCGGACAAGGGAUUCAUUCUCUCGCGCCUUCAGAAAGAAGGAAGUAAUCCCUCUUUCCACCUACCUCAAGAUCUUCAAAGCCGGUGACUAUGUUGAUGUCAAAGUGAACGACACCGUUCACAAGGGCAUGCCCCAUAAGUUAUACCAUGGUCGUACUAGACGCGUCUGGAAUGUCACCAAGCGUGCUUUUGGUGUCGAAGACAACAAACAGGUUCGUAACAAAAUCCUCCGAAAGAGGAUCCAUGCGAGGAUUGAGCAUGUUCAACUUUCCCGGUGCACCGAAGAAUUCAAGGAAAGAAUCAAGAAGAACGAUCAGCUAAAGGCCGAGGCUAAGGCUAGGGGUGACGUUAUCAGCACAAAGAGGCAACCUCAAGGACCCAAACCAGGGUUCAUGGUUGAAGGUGCUACUUUGGAAUUUGUUACUCCCAUACCAUAUUAUGUGGUCAACAAUUUGAAAGGAGGCUAUUGA